AUUCAACUGAAAUUCAAAGACAAGAAUAUUUAAACUGAGUGAUCGAACGUUUAGUCGAAGAACAUCAUAGAAAGGAAAAGAAUUAUGAAGUUUUUUGAGCGUCCAAAAUGCUUGACCGAAGCGAUAGCACCGGUGAUAACUCUGGAUCGUUUAAUGGGACUUCGUGUUUUUGAGUAUCCUCGUGGUCAGCCAAGACCUCUACUGAGCCUGAUUUAUCUCUUGCUUCUUUAUUGUUUGUAUUAUAGUGGCUCGUGGUAUUUGGGGGAAGAAUAUUAUUUAAUUGUUAAAUUAAUGAAGUUGGAAUAUUUUCUAUACAAAGUCCUGAAUUACAUUACUGUUGCAAUGAUCAUCGUUAAACUACUUCUAGGCUGGUGGUAUACAAAGAGACUUAAAACAUGCUAUAACAAAAUCAUCGAGAUCGACGAGACAUUGCGACAGCUUGGAUCAACGAUAAACUAUGAUAGAAUAUAUUUUAUAAUAAUUGGAGUACUGAUCAUUUGGUUUACAAUCGGUUUCUCUCUCGGCAUUGUAAUUUUCAUUGCUAUGCGAACACACACAAAUGUAUAUAAAACAGUCGGCGCUAUAGUGACAUAUGGAUAUGGAAUGACUGUCAAUUCUAUUAUUAUUUUCGAAUUUUACAUAUUUGUAAAAUGCUUACAAAUGAGAUUUGAUUUGGUCAAUCAACUCUUACAUAAACAUUCAGCUUUAUCAACAAAAGUGAUGAAAUUGGGCACUUUUGAAAUACAAGAUUUUGCUGAAAUUAUAAAUGUGGAGCAACAAUGUUUGCUUCCUACAAAGAUAUUAUCUAAGUGGUGUCAAAAAAGACUCUCUGGAAAAAAGAUGCAAUCUGCAAAAAAUAUUUCUGUAUUAGAGAAACCAAAUUUAGUCAAAUCGUAUUUUCCACCUCACUUCCAGAAACAAUUCGACAGAGAAUUUCGAAAUCGAUCUCAAAAACACAAUUCUGUAAUGACGAAAUGUCAGGAACGUAAAUAUCUAUUACAAAUAAUCAAACAAGUGCAUCUAGAACUGUGUAAAAUAUCAAAAACGAUAUGCAUUAUCUUCGGCGUACAGACAGCUUGCGAAAUAGGAAUGAUUACUAUAUUUUUCACUGGGACUCUUUACAUUUUUUCCAUGCGAUACAUUAUUCGACAACACAAAAUUACGGACAACUUGUUGCAACAAACAUCUACGAUGAUGAUAAUGUGUAUUAUUAAUAUUCUUAAAAUUAUAUUUUUAAGUCGCGUUUGCAAACAUGCGGCGAAUAAGGGAAAUAAAACUGUCGAAAUUAUUUACUCGAUUUAUGGAUGCGACGAAGCAUCUGGUGUGCAAGAGGAGAUUCAACAAUUUGGUAUUCAAAUAUUACAAAGUCCAGUGAGAUUCUUCGCAUAUGGUAUUUCUUUGGAUAACCAUGUCCUAACUAUGAUUCUGAAAGCUGUAACAACCUAUUUGGUUAUUAUGAUACAAGUGAGCAACUCAUUAGAGUCCAAUAAAGAUAUUCAAGAUACAUAA